GGAGAGGCCCCUGCUGGGGUCAGCCCGCUGGCCCUAGGAGGUGUAUAUAAGGUGCCUUUGCUCCAUUCCAGGUGUUUGGAUGAGGAGUCCAAAGGCAGAGCCGAAACCUGAGAAGAAGUCAGAGCAGAGGCCACAGAGCCACAGGGAGGACGGGCCACAGAAGGAGCUGGUGAUCCCAGGCAUCGUGGAUUUCGAGCUGAUCCGAAAGGCGCUGAGGACCCCCAAGGCCCAGACCCCUGGCGCCUACCGCUUUGACCGCCUCAGCCACCACUCCUUCUUCUCUAGGCACCACCCCCACCCCCAGCGUGUGACCCACAGCCCAGAUUUCACCGGGAAGCCUGUCUGUGUCGUCAGGGACGAGUUCUCUCUGAGUCCCUUGCCUCAGUCCACACUCUUAUCCAGCUGUCUGAUGGGCAUGCCCACCAUCUCUGUCCCCCUCGGAGACCCACAGUCCAACCGGAACCCCCAGCUUUCUUCUGAGACCUGGAAGAGCGAGCUGAAGGAGCUGGCUUCCCGGGUAGCCUUCUUCACCAAGGAGAACGAGCAGCAGAAGAACAAAGAGGUGGGUGCAGAACACAGGAGCUGGUCUGGGAAGAGAAUAGAUGGAUCCACCCCCCUGUACCGAGAUCCCUCCCAGCAGGAGGAGCCUCCGAGGGAGCAGGGGGCCAAGUACUCAGCCGAGACUGGUAGGCUCAUCCCCUCUUCCACCCGAGCUGUUGGUCGCCGCAGCUCCCGCCAGGGCCAGCGGGGCCAGCCUUCCAGCAGAGACGGAGGAGUCCGGGCCAUCCUGCAGGAUCAGGAGCUGCUGAUCCUGGAGCUCCUCUGCCAGAUCCUGCAGACAGACUUGCUGAGUGCCAUCCAGUUCUGGCUGCUCUACGCUCCCCCCAGGGAGAGAGACCUUGCCCUGGGACUCCUGCAGACAGCAGUGGCUCAGUUACUGCCCAAGCCCCUGACCUCCAUUCCUGCAGAACGACUCCUGAACCAGCUCGAAGAAGUUCAGGAGUCUCCACAGGAAAACUAGCAGCUGCCCUACAGUCAAUACCCAACGAAGAUGAGAACACCGCCUCUGGCAAAAAGCGAAAAGCCAGAGUACAUUGGGAAAGCACAAGUCCUCCAGGUGCAUUCGAGCCAGAACACAGAGGAGAAAACGACGAAGCCGAUGGAGGAGAGCUGAGGAGCCCCUGAAACUUUGCCUGCCUCACUCAAGCGCAGCCCCAAGUUCAGGGUUGUUUCUGUCCCUCCCACCUCCACAGCAGCACCUAAUUUCCUGUUGCAGAGUCUACUAAAUAAAAUCCUGUCUUCCCUUUGAGAGGACAGUUCCCCUCUCCCAGCAGUAA